GAGUACUACGAUGAUAGUAACAAGGAACCUGUACUCGCUGACUUCGAGCAACUCGAUAAGAUCGCUAGUUUUUCACUUUCGUAUAAUGCUGGGGAUGAACAGGUUACAUGGGAUGGUGAAGGCGGAAUUGAAGUGUACGCUAAUAGCGAUCUUCCAGUUUAUGAGAUGGAACGCGACGAAAUUCGCUUGUUCUCGU